UAUACCCCCCCCCCCAUAAGCCCACCAAUCACACCCCGCAGCAGCAAGCAACCAUGUGCUGGGAGAACCCCCAAUGGAGCCACUGCUUCGAGUGCCAGCGGACGUUCGACCACACGCCCCUCGUCGUCACGCCCUGCUUCUCCGCCGAGCACCGCCUCCCCUGCGGCCGGCGCACCCCGCGCGCCCCCGUCGUCCUCAACCACGACACCUGCCCCACGUGCAAGGCCGCGCGCCGCGCCGAGGAGGUCUGCCAGCAGCUCGUCCACCGGCAGAGCCCCUUGUACUACAACACCGAGCGCAAGAAGUGCCUCCGCGAGGCUUACUGGGCCCACCUCGAAGCGAACCGCAAGGCCAGGAGAAAGGAAGCGCUGCUGAAGAUGAGGGAGGCGGCGCAGGUUACGGCGGCAGCGGAAUGUCACCAACCUGAGCCUUAGCAGUUAAGGUAGCUGACAU